GUCAAGUGGCAUUCUUACUAUGAACACUGUGCUGCUCACACCUCCUGCUAACAACUAGUCAUAACAGAUCAUCAUUAUAUUGACUUAUACAGAGUGCUUUUUCUUUUUUUUCUGUUUUUUUGGCUGAAAACAGAUUCAUCGUGGUGAAAAUGACUCAAACUCUGCAUCUGCUUUUUAUCUCAGGUUUUUGUUUCACCUUCACACUGGGAUCUUCAGAUUUUCACCUUAUUGAACUUGUAAAGAGCUAUAAAGAAGCAAAGACCUACUGUAGAGAGAUGUACACUGAUUUAGCUACAGUUCACAAUUCAACAGAUAUGAAAAAUUUGAUCACUUUAGCUACAACUACUGACAGAGCCUGGAUAGGACUGGAGAUUGGAGAUGUGUGGAUGUGGCACUGGUCAUGGCCUGAUCAAAAACUUGAUUUUUUAAACUGGAAGGCAGGACAACCACAAAAGAAUAAUCAAGAUGCGUGUGCAGCAAUGGAUCAACAUGGCGAGUGGUUUGAAAGUGACUGUGGAACUAAAAGAAGUUUUGUUUGCCAAGGCAUCAGUGAGCCCAGCGGUCCCAUUUUUGUUGCUGAGACGAAAUCGUGGAGGGACGCUCAGAAUCAUUGCAGGAACUUAUUGUCAGAUCUCGUCAGCAUACAUUCAGCAGAAGAGAAUGAGGCAGUACAGAAUGUGUCUGGGGCGCAAAAUGUGUGGACAGGUCUCUUCAAAGAUCCCUGGCAGUGGUCUGAUGGGAGCAACUCGUCAUUCCGCAACUGGAAACCCUCCCAGCCUAACUACUUUGAAGGUCAGGACUGUGCUGCUGUCAUAUUCAAAGAUGAAGGGAAGUGGAAUGACCUGAAAUGCGUUACGAAACGCAAUUUUGUUUGUCAGGGAGCAAGGAAGUCAGUUCCAACAACCACCACUCAAACAACUACACAGGAUACCCUUACAACAGUGACUACAGAUGAUGACGAUGUCUCUGGAUUAACAACACCAGUGGGGACUUCAGCACAUCCCACUGAAAACAGUCAAAGUUCGCCUCCAGGAAAACUGAUACUAAUCCAGAAAAAUAUGACAUGGAUUGAAGCAAUGAGCUACUGCAGGAAGCACCAUAUUGAUCUUGUCCACAUUCUCACCAAAGACAUUCAGGAGAAGGUGGCUGAAAAAGCAAAGAACUCCACAUCUCCCCAUGUCUGGCUAGGUCUACGCUACACGUGUAACUUUAACUUUUGGUUCUGGACUAGUUCAACUACUGACUGUUACCUGAACUGGGCACCAGGACAAGGACCUGAAGGAAAAUAUGACUGUGGUGUUACAGGCGCUAUUGAGGCCACUGGGAGGCAGCAGUGGGUAGGCUUGCCUCAGACAGAAAAGCUGAAUUUCAUCUGCUACACAUGUGUUGGAUGACUGUGGAGUGCCAGUGCCAUGCAGAUCACAAAGAAUUGUAAAAUAGUGCUGAUCAUACAAGGUUUGCUGUUUUAUAAUGUUUGCAGUUAUAGUCAACAUUUUUGAUAAUUGUAACAUUAAACUAAUGGACUUUGGUGGACUUCAACAGAGAUAUCAUGGUUAUUUUAAGACUCUUUCAUGAUGUCAUACUUGUAUCUUUGUUGAAAUACAGCUGCCUUCUCUAUUGUUGAGACUGAAUUUCAUUAAAUAUGAAAACCUCAUGGGCUGUGUAGGCGUGCACAUUCACAGUCAUGGGCAGCAAGAGUAAUGUGAGAACAUUGAUCUGCUCCAUGCCUUUCACUCAGGGGUUACUAUUUGCAUGUUGACCCCCUGGGCUGGGCCCCAAGAUUGUCUUUUUUAGACCACCAGAGUAUGGCCCCGAUCCAGACUGCCUGCUGCACCGGCUGACCUGACCUUCACUAGCAGCAACAUGGAAGAUGGAGCUCGCAGACGCUCACCUUCCUGUCUGCACCCUUGAGAUAAACAGAGCAUCUUUAACCAUGGGAACUGGAAAUGAUGCAGCAUAUUCAUUGAUAAAAACUGAUCAUAAAUGAAGCUGUGAACAGACUGUU